AUGAAUUCCGACGACGCAACCUUCAGCAUGGAUGGCUUUGACGACACACAGUUCACGCACUUGGCGCUGGGAAAUCAUUCUAACGCCUCGCAAGCUAUCUUUCCUCCGCAGGCCUCAUCCGGCAUUCCUCCAGGCCUAGGGCGGAUGUUUUACGCUUGGCUCACCCCUGUCAUCUUGCUGAUUGGCAUUGUGGGCAACUCUCUGUCACUAAGCGUAUUUACUUCCCGAAACAUGCGCUCUUUGUCCGCCAGUAACUACCUAGCCGCGCUCUCCAUAUCUGACCUCGUAACGCUAGUCGCCUACGUCAUGGUAGAAUGGUUAAAAAGAGGUCUACAUAUACUUCCGGGUCAUCUGACUGUAGCCUUCCUGGAAAUCAAUGGAGUAUGCCAUGUAUCACUGUACCUGAGCUAUGUCUCGCGCUUUCUCUCUUCGUGGAUUGUGGUUAUUUUUACCGUAGAGCGUUACAUCGCCGUGUGUCAUCCGCUGCGUCGGAAAAGUAUCUCCACCUCUGUCAGCCGUAGAAUUGUGUUUGGCCUAGUUGCUGUUGCCGCCAUUAUUCUCAUGUACAAACCCAUCAUGAGUGGCUCGUACAUUGUCGCCAAGGACGUACAUGUCUGCACUAGCAACCCGUACUUGAAACAUGUCUCUCAUAUCUUAGACAUCAUCUACGGCGUGACAAUCACCCUUGUACCCUUCAUACUCAUUACAGCGUUGAAUAUGUUUAUAAUCAACAAAUUAGUUCAGCGUAACCGAAAGUACCGCGAUCGGAGUGUGCUCACAGAGGAGAGCGUCAUACGGCUGGAAUUUACGCUCAUUUUGCUCGUCAUUUCCCUCUGUUUCAUCGCCUUUAAUUUACCUUACUUCGGGGUGUGGGCCCGGACUGCUUUCAGCGGAAAGCCAGUAUCCCCGGGGGUGGUGGCGAUUGUGCGGGCAAUGUAUUACCUUAACUACUGCGUGAACUUUUUUCUGUACAGCAUCACGGGUGCCUGUUUUAGGCGGGAACUACGAAUGCUGUUUCGUUACAAGAUGAAGAAGGGGAACGUGUAUGUGAACUGUAUGAAGAUAGAGUCAAACACGCAGCAAUCGUGGGUAUGA